CUGGCCACACUGAAAACAACCAUCUCUUGUUUACUUGUGACAAUUCCAUUAGAACAGAAAUUGUUAUUCGCUGUUGUAAAAGUAUUUUAAUAGCUCUAAUUGUGCGUGGUGCGUUCCAGGCAGGUUUCGCUUCACCCAGCGAAACAAAAACUGGAGUGUGUUUGCUCAUGUGAUCCAGUGGCAGAGGAACACAAUGACGACAUAGCCCGUUGUAACUGAUGUAAUUGAUAUCGAUUUUUGGCUGUCCGUGUUCAGUUUCACACGGGGGAUUGUUUGCAUGUGACGAAUGCCUAUGUGAAGCGAGUCACUGGAUUACGAACACGUGUAAAUCUCCUCUAGUCACGUUUGAAAGGCAAACACGGGACGUAUCGUGACGGACCCAUCGCUCACAUCGAACCAAUCACGGAGAGGCGAAACAUCGUCCCCGAAGUUGCUACACGUCUGCAAAACUUGAGCUUGAAGUAGAGGCAGGCCCGUAAUCAUGGAGGUGAACAAGGAUGAAGCGAAGCGGUGUAUCGAGCUGGCAACGGCCGCCCUCAAGAUCGGCAAUCUGGAAAAGGCGGAAAAGUUGCUGAAAAAAUCACAAAACCUCUAUCCCUUGGCUCAGGCGGAAGAGCUGCUGAAGCGUGUAAAAGCGGCAGGAACUGGUCGCUCGGCCGGCAGUGCAGCCGGAGGAACCGGAGGCGGGUCCACAAAUGGGCCAUCCGCCGCCCGCAGACGCCCGGUCCAUCGUGAGGAGGAGCAACCGGCCGAACCAAAGCUUAACGUUGACUACACUCAGGAGCAAGCGAACGCGGUCAAACGCGUGCAAAAGUGUAAGGACUUUUACGAGGUGUUGGGCGUCACGCAGGAGGCAACCGAUUCGGAGAUUAAAAAGUGCUACAAAAAGCACGCCCUGCAGCUGCACCCGGACAAGAACAAGGCGCCCGGUGCGAUGGAAGCAUUCAAAUCGCUCGGCAACGCGGUAGAGACGCUGACCGAUCCGCAAAAGCGAAAAGCGUACGAUCUGUACCGUACCACGGGCGGGGGGUCAGCCGGUACGCGAGCGCGCCCAUCGAACGGUGGCUACACGUACGGCCAGAAUGGGUUCAACUUCCAGUCGGACUUCGAUACGGGCAACAAUCCGAACGAUCUGUUCAACAUGUUCUUCGGCGGUGGGUUUCCGCAGCAGCAGCAGCACGCGCAGCACCACUACUAUCGGGCGCGGGCCGGCCGCGGCUCACAGUACGACGACCGGAACGUUAGCCAGCCGAGCCUGAUCUUUGGGCUGAUCCUGUGCUUCGUCGUCGUAUCGCUGCUGUCGACGUUCUUCGCGUCCGAUCCGGUGUACAGCUUGCAGCAGACGGGCAAAUUUUCGGUCGAACGGCGCACGCUGAAUCUGAAGAUACCGUACUACGUGAAGAACAACUUCCUGAGCGAGUAUCAGGGCACGCUGGCCCGGCUCGAACACUCGGUGGAGGAAGAGUACGUGACGUACAUGAAGCGAGCCUGCAGCAAUGAGCGCACCUAUCGGGACGCGAUGAUUGGGCGGGCGAAGAGCUUCGGCAGCCGGGCACAGUUCCAGCAGGCACAGCAGCUAAAGAUGCCGUCGUGCGAAGCACUGUACCGGUUGGGCAUUGGGGUGGUACAGUAUUGAGGCGGGCUGGAAGGAUAAUCAUGCUGCCAGGGUUGCGAAAGUACUAUCUAUCUCUAUAGAUGGCUUAGCCAGUUUUUAGGAUAUUAAUGUUUUUUUUUUUUUCUACAUGGUGCUUUGUUCCAAAGGUCGUCGAAUCGUCGGUUGUAUGAGUUCGUUUUCUCAGUGAGCUAAAGUCAUCAGUACCGCUGUAAGAAGCACACAGUAGUAGGACCACACUAUUUGUCUGCAGGGUUUGUUCGGAUUGGUUAUUAUUUUUUAUUGGUAUCGUCAUUUCAAUAAACAUAAAUUUACAGUAA